AUGGAGGGCUGCUCGGCGGACGAGUUUGACGAGGAGGAGCAGCUGGUGCGGAAGCAGCGCAGAGAGAAGAAGGAGCUGCAAGCCAAAAUUCAAGGUAUGAAGAAUGCUGUUCCCAAGAAUGACAAAAAGAGGAGGAAGCAACUCACGGAGGAUGUUGCGAAGCUGGAAGCGGAGAUGGAGCAGAGACACCGGGAGGAACUGGAGCAGCUGAAGCUGACAGCCAAGGGGAGCCAGGGAGAUUUUGAUGCUGUUAACAUUUCAAACUUGGUUCUUGAGAAUCAGCCGCCUCGGAUUUCAAGAGCACAAAAGAGACGGGAUAAAAAAGCUGCAUUGGAAAAGGAGCAGAAAGAAAGAAUAGCUGAAGCUGAAAUUGAGAACUUAUAUGGCGCUAGACAUGUAGAAAGUGAAAAACUUGCUCAAAUAUUGGCAGCUAGAGAGUUGGAAAUCAAACAGAUUCCCUCGGAUGGCCACUGUAUGUAUAGAGCCAUUGAAGAUCAGCUGAAAGAGCGGGACUGCCCUCUGACUGUAGCUGCCUUAAGAAGCCAAACUGCUAACUAUAUGCAAAGCCACAUGGAUGACUUUCUGCCAUUUUUAACAAACGCUAAUACAGGAGAUAUGUACACUCCAGAAGAGUUUGGAAAGUACUGUGAUGAUAUUAUAAACACAGCUGCAUGGGGAGGGCAGCUGGAGCUAAGAGCCCUGUCUCAUAUUCUACAAACACCAAUAGAGAUAAUACAGGCAGAUUCUCCUCCUAUUGUAGUUGGUGAAGAAUAUCCAAACAAACCAUUAAUACUUGUAUAUAUGAGACACGCAUAUGGCUUAGGAGAACAUUACAAUUCUGUCACGUGGUUGGUGAACAGACCUACUGAAAAUUGCAGCUAG